GGGGUAAAUAUAAUUGCAGACAUACUGUUUUGUUCAGUGCAUGUAGGUGUGUAUGCACCUAAUCAAGAUUUUCUCCAUCGCUAUUGAUCCAACGAGAUCCAGCAGUGAUCGACAAGCAAUUGAUAAGACAAAAUAGAUCACAAUGGGUGACAAUAGUUCGGCAGGAAAAGUCUGCAUAUUCAUAUGUGCUUUACUGAUAGGUGGCGUUAUACUUAUCGCCGUCUUGGUCGGCACGUCAAUGAAAAAACUGGCCACAGGCGAAGUUGGAAUCAAGUAUGACACUUUCCAAAAGGAUCUAGGCACGGAAACUUUAAGAGAAGGUUUACAUCUGGGACCCCCGGGAUACGAAUUUAUUAUUUUCCCCAGUACAUACAAGUCACUGACUUUCGAUGACUUAGAAUGUUUAAACAAAGAUGGAGUGAAAAUAACCCUGGAUGUGACAUAUCAAUAUAAAGUGAAAUCUUCCAAACUGAGGGCUGUGAUAAUGGACUUUAGAAACUUAGACGGCUACACAAAUGUUCUCAUAAAUGCAGGAAGAUCUGCUUUACACGAAUCUUGCAGUUAUUUCAAUACGUCACAAUUCCAAGCUGAACGAGCAAUUUUCCAGGAAAAAGUCCAAGAACAAAUUGAAUUAAGAUAUGAAGAGCUCCAUGCAAUAAUUACUGAUUUACAGGUGAGCAAUAUAGAUAGACCGUCAGAGUAUGAAAGUGCAAUUAGGAGUAAAGAAAGAGCUAGAGAAGAUAUCCAAGUAGCAAACAAUGAACGUCCAAGACUACUUACUGAGGCGACGACGAAGCAAAGAGAAGCUGAAACUCAAGCAAAGAUAAUUAUUGACAAGGCGGAGUCAGAUGCUCGUAUUUUAGCUAACAAAGCCCAUACCGAGGCCCAGGCAAUUAUUGCCCAGUACAGAAAAGAAUCAGAGGCCUAUAAACAGAUCGUUGAUGCCACAGGUCUUGCCUUCAGUAUUGAAGGUUUUAUCUCGUAUCUAGGUGUUCGUGUAAUUGCUGAUGCCACGAACCCAGUAUACAUCGGUUUGGACAGUCCUGCACACACUGUUUACCCUUGAAUAUUAACUAUGUUGCUGGAAUAUGUUUAGUACCUGGUUCCGAAAACCUAGUCUAAAA